GUGUGUCCGAAUCCAUCUAGCACGGUGACGGAGAGCUUGUGUGUGAGAGCGAGAAGGACGCGCAGGCAGCGUGGGCGCCUGAGGGAGAGAAGCUGAGGAACUGCGGAGACCACCAGUUCUCAGACUGGGGAGGGGUUUGCGUCAGAGAAACUGCCCCGUCCCAGUUUCGGGGCGGAGCCAGGAAGGGGCUUUCGCGGCCGGUGGCGUUGCCGCAGCAACUGCGGCCCCCGCCUGGACGGCUCUAGGGGAGGGAUUCGGCCAGACUCCACUCUUGGUGACUGAGUUCUCUGCCCGGGAAGUGGGGCCACCGGGCCUGCGUGGUCUGGGUGAGAGUGGACCCGGUCAGGAGUGUCCCCAACUUCCCUUCGGGACAGGGGCUGCCUCCUAGAAGCAAGUACAACGUGGUUACUUUUUCAAAACUUCUUAAGAGAUUCUUUCUGUUGUUUUUCCUAAGGCUGUUGCACAGUUUGGCUCUCUGCUUUCCUGUAGGGUGUCAUCAUAGUCUUGUCAAUGAGAAGUUGGGUAACCUCCCAGAGGGUCACGGAGAGAAAGGCGGAAAGAGCAGAAGCAAACCCUGCCCCCAGUGGGAACCCAGGCGUUAGGUAGAGUCCCCACCCCGGUGUAAAGGGCGUAAGAAGCUGUACUGCUCAAGAAGGGAAAAAAGAGGGGGGAAGGUAUUCUAACCAAAGAGAGGUUGUGUCUCUCUGUUACUGUUAUGCCGUAAUAAGCAAAAGUAGAGCGCCUUUGUAAGUGUCCUUUAUCUCACGGUAGAUGCUUUUGACACAUUAUCAUAAGAGAGAAAUGGUCGUACGUUCUGUGAAGUAAAAUGAUCUGCCUCCCUAACACAGUUGGAGUACGCAUUUCAAGCGAGAAGCAGCAAAGAAGCAAGCACUGUAUUCGCCGAACAAUUGUUUUGUCCUCAUUUUGGAAGGACAAAAAAUCCUUGAAUAAUGUAACCAUGUAUAAAAGAAAGUGAAACUCCUCAGCCCGGUCCCCAGCCAUAGGUAAUCCAAGAUCUUGCGCAUCUCUCUUAUAUGCCCAUAACAAUGUUAUUUCUCUUUCUUGUAAAUGAGAUUAUGUAUACUGUUUUAUGAUCUGCUUUAUUAGACCAAAAAUUUAUGGUGAGAACCUUGUCAUCUUUUUAAUGUCUGCAUGAUAUUCCAUAUCUCUUAAUAUGGUCUGCCCAUAUAUUUUACCCAUUAUUUUUCAAAACUGUUUAUUUAUUAGGAUACAGAUAUAUUGAUCUUUUAUGAAAUAUAUGGCAAAUAUUUGUAAGGACCUUUUGUUUAAAAUGCAUGGGUUUUGUAUCUUGCUAAAGAAGGGGGCCCACACUCAAAAAUUAUUAAAAGCUUCUCCUGUUUUUUCAAUACUUUUUACAGUUUUUUAUGCUUUACUCGUUAAAACGUCUAAAAAUUAUUUUUAUACAUUAUAUAAGGUAGGGAUUUAAUUUAUUUGUUUAAUUUUACUGAAUAUUAGCCACUUUUCUUGAAAUUAUUUGUUGAAAUCAGUUCUUUCCUAAGUGAUUGGAAAUGCUACCUUAAUAUGCUAAAUUCUCAUGUGUACGUGGGUUUCCUUUGGAUUCUUCUGUUACUUUGAUCUAUUUGUCUCUUCCUACACAAAUACCACUCUGCUUUGAUUAUGGUGUAUUUUUAGUAAUUCACUGGGCAAAUCUCUCUUUUUUUCCCGUAAAAUUUCUUGAAUUUUACUGCAUUCUCUUUCAGAUAAAAUUUAGAAUAAACUGUACAUGUUUCAUUAAAAUAAUCUGUUUGAGAUCUUAGCCAUCAUAUUAUCUAGUAUUUUUUGGCUGGUACUUAGUAGAUGAGUGUUUAUAUGUCUGGCCAACCUUAUUAGUUUUAAUAAAUUGUUUCUCUUGAAUAUUCUAGGAAAAUAAUCAUUAAAUAUAGUGCUAAUCUUAUCUCUUCCUUUCUUGGCUUAGUGAAUUGCUAGCUUCUCCAGAACAAUGACAAAUAAUAGCUGUGAUGCUGGCCAUCCUUAUCUUGUUUCUUAGUUUGGGGAUGUCUUUACUAUGUCACCAUUAAAUAUGAAGUCUACUGUUAAUUGUCAGUAAUUUCUGUCUGUCAAGUUAAGGAAAUAUUCCUUAAUAUUUGUAGUGUACUAGGACUUUUACAGAGAAUAGAUGUUUGGAUUGUGUCUAUAUUGUCUCUUUUUUUAGUCUAUUUGCACGGGCUAGCACUUUGAGAACAUUAUUAAAUAAUAGAUAUUGAGUGUGUGAUACAUAUAUUUUUUGUCAUGUGAAGACAAUGUCCUUUCAUUACUACUUAACUAAACAUUUUUAAUCAGGAAUGGAGGUUGAAUUUUGUCAGUUGGUAUUUUCAGCAUCUAUCAUGACCUAUCGUAUGUGCUUUUCUUCUUUGACCUAUUUAGGAUGAUGAAUUACUUUAGUAGAUUCUAGUUUGUGAACCAGCCAUGCACUUACUUAAAACAAAACCUAACCCAUUGCAGGUCAAGUUGAUUCCAGCUCAUAGCAACCCUAGAGGAGAGAGUAGAACUGCCCCCAUAGGGUUUCCAAGAAGUGGCUGGUGAAUUCAAAGUGCAGACCUAUUGGUUAGCAGCCGAGCUCUUAACCCACUGUGCCGCCAAGGCUCCAUACACUUACUUAGUCAUGGUAUAAUAUUUGAGCAUAUAUUAGUUCUGUUUGGUGACAUUUUUAUUUAAAUGAAUAAGUGAGUUUCAUCUGUAGUCAUCUUUUUUUGUGUUAUCUUUGCCAGCUCUUGAUAAAGGUUAUGCUGGUUUCAUAAAAAGAACUGGGAAGUAGUUUCUCUGCUCUGAAGUAUUUUAAAUAGCAUAAGAGCUCUCUAUUUUUUGAAGAUCUGAAGGAAUUCAUUCGUGGAACCGUAUGGUCCUAGCAGUACCUUGUUCUUAAAACAGCAACAUUAUUCAGCAAAAAGUCCAGACUUAAACAAAAACUCCUUAGAGUAAAUCCAAAUAAAUGAGAAGGUCUGAGACACCAAUAAUAAGAAGAACAAAGAAGAAAUGCUGUGUUGAUCCCGGUCAUUUUUAUUCAUUUUUUCUUUUUCAUAGAGAAAAGGCUGUAGGUAGGCUGAGACUAAUACGUUAAAUGCAUUGAUAGUCUUUCUCUCCUGUCCUCCAGUAUGAUUAUAAAAGAAAGGAUGUUACUUCCUUCCACAUGGGCAAGUUCCUCUAUGCCCCGAAAGAAGCCAAGAGUGAAACUCAUCUGGGAAUACAUCAGUUUCUAGUUUCCCAAUUUUGCCAGGAAAUUUUUACUUGGGAGAUAAUGACCAAGCUGACAUUCUACUGUAGCCAGAUUUCACAGGGGGGUUUCACACUGAGGGGUGAGAAAAUAUACAACCUCAACAUGCUUGUACUUAUUUAACAUAAAGUGAAACUCAUUAGCGCAGUCCAGGUAUAUUUGUGUGGUGCGUGCAUGCGCACAGAGCAGGAGUACAAAACUAAUUAACUAAAAACUACCUCUUUACUCAACUAAUAGUUAACUGUUAAUAAUGUAUUAUGUAAUCUUUGAUAAAAUGAUUAAUUUUUAUAAAUGAUUAAUUUUUAUCACUUCAAAGAAUAUGAUCUCAGGCAAGUAAUGUAAUUUAGUAAUAUACAAACGUACACUGUGGAGGAUGCCUCAAGAUACUCAUAAGUGUUAUUUACAGAAAGAUGCAAGCAUUAUGUGAGUGCUUGGAUAUUCGUUUGAAAACUUUAAUUUUUGAUCUCUUGUUAGCUUCUGUGGAGUCAGCCCCAAUUUAUGGCAACCUCAUACACAAUGAUCUAUUAGUCUGGCAAAAAAUAAACAUUGACAUGAUUUAGGGGCUUACCUUAUGAUGGAGAAAGACUUUGUAUGCUUUUUUAAACCAUACCCAUUAUCCAAAAGUAAAUGGUAAAAAUAGCCUGUUGAUGUAAAACUUCACUAUUCUAAAUAUUCUGAUGUGAUGCAUUAGCUGAUUAGCUGUUAGUACUAUUUAUCGUUUUUUGUUUUCUAACACCUUGUAAGCAUGAAUAUCACUGUUUAAUUUCAGCUCAUUUGUGCUCAAUUAUGUCAAGCCAAGUUUUAGUUUCUAUUUCCUGUAGGAUUUGUGCUGUGGCUGCCAUUUCCCCCCUGCUGUCUCCUACAUUUGCUGCUAUGGUUUUUGAAUCAUGGGUAGAAGGAAAGGGGAGGCUAUUAUUUAGAACAGAUAACAACAACAAAAAAAAAUCUCUUUAUACUUCAGGACCAAAAUUCUGAAUUAUCUCCAGGAAAGGGUGUAUGGAGAGUAUGAAAUGAACUACCUUGUGGGUGGGUGGCAAGGGAGCACAGUCUUUUGAACUAGGUGCAGUAUUUCAUAACUGUUCAGAAAAGUUGAGGAAGAUUGGAACAGAUAAUAAUACCAGACCCUAUGCAACUGAAAACAAGCCUUUUGGACCUAUUUAGUAUAUGUAUCAUAGUUUUUUAAUCCCUAAUCUAGAAAAACAUUUUUAAGAGACUUAUUUUUUGAAGGAAAGGAGUUUAGAGACUAAAUAAUAAUGUUUGUCUCAUGGGAAAAUGUCCUGGACAGUAACCUGAGUUUUAUUCUGUUUACUUUCACAUGCAUAUUUUCUAUGAUGGUAAUUAGGAGUCCCUGGGUGGUGCAGACCAUUAACUCACUCACCUGCUAACCGAAAGGUUGGAGGUUUGAGUCUGCCCAGAGGUGCUGCAGAAGAAAGGCCUGGUGAUCUACUUCUGAAAAAUCAGCCAUUGAAAACCCUAUGGAGUGCAGUUCUGCUCCAACACACAUGGGGUCACCAGGAGUCAGAAUCAAUCUGAUGGAAACUGGUUUAUGAUGGUAAUUAUCAUUAAUAAAUUAUGAGAAACAGUUUGAGCACUGAUGAUCUACAAUAGCUUUCACUUAUCACUAAUACUUUUUCUUUGCAAAUAAGAAGGAUCUACUGAAAAUAGGUUGUUAACAGGGAAAACUAAGUCUUUUUUUUUCUUGAGUCAUUGCAGCCGGGAAUUAUUGGAAAAUUAAAUGGGUUAGGAAAACUAAUAUGAGCUCCAUUUUGUUGGUUACCCUGGUGGUGCAGUGGUUAAGAGUUACAGCUGCUAACCAAAGGUUGGCAGUUCGAAUCCACUAGCUGCUCCUUAGAAACUCUGUGUGGCAGUUCUACUCUGUCCUGUAGGAAUCGACUUGAUGGCAACAGGUUUGGUUGGGUUUUAGCAAGUCGACGUUAAAAGAAACCUUGGACUAGGGGAGGAGCCAAGAUGGCAGCUUAGUCAGACACACUUUGCUGUCCCUCUACAGCAAAGACCCGAGAAACCAAGUGAAACAGAUACAGAGGACAACCUGGAACCCUGAGCAUCAGAUGAAAAAGAAUUGAUCAAAAACAGCACAUGAGGAGAGAUAUGGAGCAGAGGUCCCCUACCAGCUAACCUGGCGCAGCAUGACCAUCUUGGGACAAACCCAACAGCCAUCCCAGACCUGUCAUAUACUCCAUCCUUUAUAGUGAUGCUACAGGACACAGAGGAAUGGAUAAAAACAUUGGCGAACAACUCAAUAAAGCUUAUGAAGCCUUCCGACAGGCAUGCAUGGAUAGAGAUUCUGCAGUAAAAGAACUACAGCAAAAGCAGACUGAGAACUAUGAGCAGAGAAUACGUGAGCAACAGGAACAGCUGUCACUUCAACAAACUAUUAUUGACAAGCUAAAAUCACAGUUACUUCUUUUGAAUUCCAGUCGAGAUAAUAGUUAUGGCAUUGUUCCCCUGCUUGAAGACAGUGAAACGAGGAAGAAUAAUUUGACUCUUGAUCAGCCACAUGAUAAAGUGAAAUCAGGAAUACCAAGAGAAAAACAAUCAAAGGUAAGAAGACAAGAGGUUUCUUCUCCUAGAAAAGAAAAUUCACCGAAGAGCCUUGGCACUCCUUUAUUCCAUGAAAGGGAUUAUAUAGAGAGGACAUUCUGGGAUCUGAAAGAAGAAUUUCAUAGAAUAUGCAUGCUAGCAAAAGCACAAAAAGAGCACUUAAGCAAACUUAAGGUACCAGACACUGCGAAUGAAACACAGUGCUCUGUGCCUGUACAGUGUACGGAUAAAACAGAUAAACAAGAAGCGCUGUUUCAGCCUCAGGCUAAAGAUGAUAUAAAUAGAGAUGCACCAUGCAUCACAUCUGUCACACCAAGAGGACUGGGCCGAGAUGAGGAAGACACCUCUUUUGAAUCACUUUCUAAAUUCAAUGUCAAGUUUCCACCUAUGGACAAUGACUCUACUUUCUUACAUAGCACUCCAGAGAGACCCAAAGCCCUUGGUCCUGUCACAUCUGAGACCGUGUGCCAGGACAAAUUUAAUAUGGAGCUCAGAAACAACCCAGGAAACUUCAUUAAAACCGAAGAAACUUUUUUUGAAAAUCAGGGAAUUGACCCCAUAGCUUCAGCUAUACACAACCUUAAAACAACUGACAAAACAAAACCUUCAAAUCUUGUAAACACUCUGGAUAAUGCUCCGUGUUUGCCACCUGGAGAACAUAAUGCACUAUAUGUAAAAACGUUCCCACUUCAGGACCUGUCUGAUGCACCUUUCCCCUCCUUCGAUUCCUCAGGAAGAGCUAUCCGAGGACCACAGCAGUUAGUCUGUGCAUUCAUGUUUCAGUAGAUGGCACCCUGCAUUGUGCAUUUGCUUUCUAUACUACAGCAAGAGAAACAGCUGGUAUGUGAUUACAACUUGAUGGAGAAGUAUGCAGCUUAAAAAAUGCAGGAGAAUUGGUGUUGAGCUGUCACAAGACAUGGGGCAUAAGGUUAGAUAAUUGAUAUUUUGGCAGAAAAAGCAAGAAAUUAGUUUGUUUUGAAGGCCAUGUUACAAUGUGGGAUUGAAAGAAUAUUUCUAAAAUGGAUUUUUAAAAAUAUAUGUAUUAUUUUAUUUGUAAUAAUAAAGUUAGUAUGAGAAAUCCAAAAUUCUUGACUUGUUGAUAGAGAGUAGCAAAGAGAAGUGAAAUUUUAGUUACAUAUUUCAGAUUUUGACGCUAUAUCAGUCAUUACUACUUAAUACCUUUUUACACAUUCAGAUACCGUAACAAAGUCUAAAAUAUAUCUGCUUAUUUUUGCUCUAUGUGAUUUUCAUUUCUUUCUUACUUUUGCUGAGUCAGUGAUUGGGGUCCCAACUGAAUUCUAUGAAGAAAUACAAUCUGAACUAAUAGCUCCCAAUGGAAUAGGAUAAAUAUGGACUUUGAAGGUAAACUGGCAGUGGAAGAUUGGCUUACCAAAUUUAGAAGCUAAAUUGUUUCCAAGUCCAUUUCUUACUAUUUUGUAGAUCUCAGUAAGAGUUAUCUUUAAAGUAAUAAUCUCUUAUUUAUAUCCAUACCAACUUCCCAUUAGGAUGGUACAUAUUAAUCAAUUAUACUUUUUGUUUAAACUGCAAACAGUAAAAUUUGAAUCUAGUUAACUCUAACUAGAUUUUUGCUUACCUGCUCACAAGUAUUACUACUUUUCUUUUAUCAUGGAAGAAAAUUUUUUCCUGAAGAAAAUUAUUUUACCUCCAAGUUUCAUAACAUUUAUUUUAAAUAUUACUAUUUUUUGUGAUAAAAUUGCCAGAUUCUCACAAAAGGAAUUGAGUCAGUGUUAUUAUAAACCCUUCUGUACUGAUAUUUGAAUGAAUCUUGGUGCCUAGACAGACUUUGUAUAUUUACACCAACUGUACACAGCUGUCCAGUAAUGUUUAUAAGAAGACAGUGAUGUGCAAUUCAAAUGUUUCAAUUAGUAAUACUACUGUUUAUGUAAAUGAUUGGUUAACUAGAUGGAAGGAAGUUAAGAGGAUGAAAACAAACACUGUAUCAGGUGCCGGACCUGGCCGUGUUACUGUAAAAACAUAUUAGUGAUAGGAGCCUACAAGGGUCUCUUCAUGCUUCUCAAAAUUGACUUUAGGAGGUGAUUCUUCUCAAAAUAUCAGAGUUUAGAAUUUUUUAUUUUGGCUCUUGCAUCAAGCUAAUAAAGCAAAUUUUAAAAAUAAUUUGGUUUACACAAUCCAGGAAAAUAACAUAUUACAGUCAACAAACAUUUAUUGAGCACCUACUAUUAAUAUUAAACUAAAUGCUAUUUCUUGCUCUUCUACCUAUUUAAAAAAAAAAAAAAAGAUAAAUGCAGUUGUUUAAAGU